AUGUUUUUCAGAGAAGUCCAGUCUUUACAGACAUCAGAGAUCUCACACAGGGGGAAAAGCCAUAUUCCUGUCCUGAGUGCGGGAAAUGUUUUUCACAGAAGUCCAAUCUUUACACACAUCAGAGAUCUCACACAGGGGAGAAGCCGUAUUCCUGUCCUGAGUGCGGGAAAUGUUUUUCACAGAAGUCCAGUCUUCACAUACAUCAGAGAUCUCACACAGGGGAGAAGCCAUUUUCCUGUUCUGAGUGCGGGAAAUGUUUUUUUGAUAAGUCCGGUCUUUACAAACAUCAGAGAUCUCACACAGGAGAGAAGCCUUAUUCCUGUCCAGAGUGCGGGAAAAUGUUUUUCACUGAAUCCAAUCUUUACAAACAUCAGAGAUCUCACACAGGAGAGAAGCCGUAUUCCUGUCCAGAGUGUGGGAAAUGUUUUUCAGACAAGUCCAGUCUUCACACACAUCAGAGAUCUCACACAGGGGAGAAGCCGUAUUCCUGUUUUGAGUGCGGGAAAUGUUUUUCAGACAAGUCCAGUCUUCACAUACAUCAGAGAUCUCACACAGGGGAGAAGCCAUAUUCCUGUCUCUGAGUGCGGGAAAUGUUUUUCAAAGUCCGGUCUUUACAAACAUCAGAGAUCUCACACAGGGAGGAAAAGCUGUAUUCCUGUCCUGAGUGCAGAAAAUGUUUUUCAGACAAGUCCAGUCUUUACACACAUCAGAGAUCUCACACAGGGGAGAAGCCGUAUUCCUGUUCUGAGUGCGGGAAAUGUUUUUCAGUGA